CAGUAAACAACGAGAAGAAGAAUAGCCACAGCAAAACACGGAACUUGAUAAAAGCUAUUAGCGAUUAGCGACCUAAAAAACGUUCUUGUUUUGUGAAUUUUGACCAAACGCGUUUGCCUGACUGCUGCAACGGAAACCGAUAAACAGUAUGAAUGUCUUACAAGUGAGCAACGGCGGGUAUUUUAUUUAAAAAACAAUGUUUAGCAGCAGCAGGCCCUAUGAGCUGCUCUCGCAGAGAGACUCCACUGGCUUGUUCUCUGAGAGCUUCACACGACCCAGCUCACACAAAGGUGUUUCCUUUGACUACGUACCCAAUGUUUCUGAAAACAACUUCACUGAUGCCUCCCAAGGAUGGCUGUCCUGGAUUUGCAACAUGUUGGUCAUCUUUCUCAUCUACAUCUGCACCUUUAUAACCUUCCCAGUAACUGGAUGGUUUGUUCUAAAAACGGUGCCUAACUAUCAGAGGAUUGUAGUGUUUCGUCUGGGGCGAAUUUGUCCUCCGAAGGGCCCGGGUAUUGUCCUUGUGCUGCCCCUCAUCGACCAGUGGCAGAAAGUAGACCUACGUACCCGAGCCUUCAACAUCCCUCCUUGUCAGGUUACCUCUCAGGAUGGAGGUUUGUUGUCAGUUGGAGCUGACAUCCAGUUCAGGAUUUGGAACCCUGUCCUGUCCGUGGUAUCAGUCCAGGACCUGAAUGCCUCAACCAGGAUGACAGCACAUAACGCUUUGACACACAGCCUGGCCAAGAAGACAGUCCGGGAGAUCCAAACUGAGAGGAUUAAACUGGGAGAAUAUCUUGGGAUGGACAUUAAUGUGAUGACUCAUCCAUGGGGGUUGGAGGUGGACAGGGUAGAGCUUACCUUGGGAUCACUCCUGAAAGCCCCAGAAGAAAGCACUUCAGGAUCCUUCAUCAUGCCUCCGUCUGUGCCUGGACUGGAGGGCCUCACUGGCCCCAUUCAGCAGUUGGCCAUGCACUUUCUGAGCCACACUAGCAGUUCAAACUCUCCGCAAGGGGACAGCAUAACUUUUACAGAUGAGCUCACCAGUGUCCCUCAGGCCAUUGUGCCGACACCAUGUUCUGUUGAAGAGCUUCUCAGUCGGGUGAAUCUCCUGCUUUCUGACUCUUUGGUUUGCCAGGUUGGGGCUUUUUUCCAGUUUGACAUCACCUCAGGAGAUGGACAGCAUCGCAAUUACUAUUUGGAUUUAAGUCAAGGCAGUGGUGCAGUUGGUGAAGGGUCCUUGUCCCGAGAGCCAGAUGUGAUAAUAAGUAUGAGUGACAGUGACCUUGUGGCCAUGUUCCAGGGCGAACUACAGCCGUUUGCUGCAUAUGCCAGCGGCAGACUUAAAAUCCAGGGGGACAUUAAAACUGCUAUGAAGCUGGAGGAACUCAUAAAACAACUCAAGAAACAGUACUCCUAGUUCAUUUUUUAUUUAUUUAUUAUAUCCUUGAUUUGAACUGUGUUAAUGUGUGAUUCCACUUGUUUAUAAUCUCAAUCAGAGGAAGUGCGUUUGGACAAAACAAAAGUUUUUGAGACUUUACACAAUGAUGAUUAUGCAUUGUGUCUUAAAUAAAAUAUUAAAUUCA